AUGACAAAUUCUAAUCAAUCAGGAAGUAACGUCGUUUCAAACAUAUCAUCAAUACUAAAAUUUAGUGAAGAUGAAAAUAUGAAAACUGACAGCGGUGAUACAAAUGAAAAAUAUUCAGAUGAAUUGACUGAUGAAAAAGUUUCCAAAAAGGAAUCAUCAAAGUCAAGAAGACAAUCACCUGUCAAAUCGGCAAAAUAUUCAAUUCCUUUACCUCCACGAAGAUGGAUUGGACGAACACAUGGAUAUGUACCACCGAGAUGGAUAAAUCCAAAUUCAAAUCCACCAAUAUGGUCAGAUGUUCUACCGAAAAUUACAACUCGUUGGGAGUACAAUGCGAAUGUUCUUCCAACUCAUAAACCGCCGUUGUAUCCUCCACCCAAAAGAAGACGUUCACGACGAAAACCUAUUGAUCCUCAACAGAAAGAAGAACAGAAAUAUCAACAUUUUGUAACACAUCUGAAAAAAGAUAUUGAUGUCUAUCUUAAAAAAAGUUUAAGAGAAAUUCGUUUUGAUCCUACUGGACACGGAAGUGGUCAGAUGAACGCUCAUCUUAUUAAUGCAAAUGUUAGUAUGAAAAGUGCUUUACAUGAAAGACCGACCGAUUCUAUGGUCAACUUUGAAGAUUCAUUAUCGUGA